GCAACACACUUCAACUCAGUUGUCGUGAACCGUCUGUCUUCUGCCCAGCUCAUUCAGCCGUGGGUGUGUCGAGAAGGUCUCCAGGAGGUCUUGAACUCGGCCGUCGGAGCUCCUCAAGAGUGUCCUCCCGCCCGCCCUGGUUCCCUCUCGUUCAGCGUACAAGUCGUCAGAAAGAUGAAGGUUCUGCACUUGGCCUUUUCCGCGCUGCUUCUGACUGCCCUUGCAAAAGGACGGACCCUUAAGCAAGAAGCCAGGAGUUUCCACAUGAAAAUUCAUCCACUGGACGGCAGAACAGCAGAGCUGGGUACAUUUUAUGGGCACUCUUCCCCAAUCUCUACAGCCGAGACCUUGAAGUAUGUCCGUUCCAGUUCAUUCUCGAAUGAAUCAGUUCCAGAAGAAAGCAGCAGCGAUGGAAUCGGUCAUCAGUGUACUAAGAGCGGAGACUUCCCAGUACCAGCCUCCUGCAGAUUAUUCUAUCGGUGUGAGGAGCGGGGUCGGCGGAACUCCGGGGAGUAUGCUAUCCAGCUACGCUUCUGUCCGGAUGGAACAAUGUUCAGCAAAAGUACGAGCUCCUGUGUCUUGCCCACUGCAGAAUCACAAGGGCAAGGGUGCCUGAUGCAGUGGCCUGAAAAAUUAUCUUUUGAUGUGGAACUUGAUGACUUGCUGGACAGCAGAUGGACAGAGAAUUCUUUUGAGCCAUACCGUCAAAUUGAAAGAGUCAAAAGACUUGAUCCAGCAUUACUUUUUAGUGGAGUGUUGGCUGUCAGUUCAGUUGUCUCUACAGCAAAUCAGCUAUUUAAAAGCAGCCACUUUCAGUUAGUGGGUGGUGGGGUUGGUGCACGUCUAAAUGAUGUAGAAAGCAAACUGUCUGGAAUGGAGGCAAAGCUUCAAGGUAUUAGCCUAUCAGUUCGGAAAAAUGAGAUAAGUAAUAAAAUGUAUUCUGAAAUGACAAACUAUCUCAUUACAAGUGCCAUAAAAGGAAAUCAGUUCAAUUUUGAUGUGACUCGUAAAUUAAUCAACAAAGGCUUCUUAGAGAAUCGUAUAAACACUGCUGCAUUACAAGGACUGAUAAUCCAUGGAAAUGCUAAAAGUGCAGUAAAUUUUGCAAAAAUCCAGGUGAGUAUCAGUGAACUCAAAGAGUUUAUCACAGCAGAGAUAGAGGAGACUAAAACAACACUUCAAAAAGGAUUUGAAAGCAUCCCUGAAAUAAUUGAUAAAGCUAAACUACAAACACUCGCCUCUGACAUUUUGAUAGCCAUUCAAGGCUUUCAUGAAAAGUUGAACCACCUUGAGAGUUUGCCUGAAAAGAGUCGAAAGGAUGAAAUAGAGAAACCUAAGGGUUAUUUGGAAUACUUAGAGUCUACUGAACUGCAAGACAUUCUGAACCAAGUAAUCCAACAACAAUAUGCUAUACCACGUGAAGCCUCCGAUCUGUCUGCUGUAUUUACGUUAGAUUUACUUGUUCACGGUUUGCAGGUCUACACACACAUGUUAUCUUCCAUUGUUUCGAGUAAUGCUUUCCUAGCAUCAAAGGCAUUAGAAGAGUUACAAUUAGAAGGUUUUAACACUUAUAUGCAACGUGUCCAUUCAGCAGUGGAGAGAGUGAAGAUUGUUCUGGGCUAUGGUGAAACAGAAGGCCUCAUUGCAAAAAUUAAGCAAGUCCUUUCAGAAGCACAACUUUUGCCCUAUGUUUCGCAUAUCAGAGGUUUCACUGAACUUUUAUCUGAAAAAUUCGCCGAUUUGAAAAAGCUUGAAAAAGACAUAGAAGAAAUUAUUAGCCGCAACAAAGCACUCCCUACGCCAGGGAGUAUUACAGGCAAGCCACUCUUUAGCCAUUCUUCUCCCUCAGCCCCUAUAGGCCCGUGGGUAACUGGCAAAAAAGUGUCAUAUGCAAUUCAAUUAGUGUCCGAGAAUGGAUUGUCUUCUGUAGGGGCGUGGUCAACUCCGUACGAAAUAGAUGGUAAAGUCUGCCCAACUAUUAAACUACCACAGGCAGAGACUGGCGUGAUACGGUUCUUAUACAGAAAGUUUGACCACAAAGAAAAACCUGAGCUCGUUGCAAUUGUGAGAAAUAAUUUGGAAACUUCAGUUAGAGAUAUUAAUCGUGAUAUUUUGAAUGCUGCUGCAUCACCUAAUGAAGAUAUAGCCAUAAGAGACAUUACAGCACUGGCAAGUGACCCUGCGACAGAUAUCAAUUUUUCUCUUGAAAAUCAACUGACUCCUCUUCAUUAUGCAGCAAAACAAGGAAAUACAAAAGUGAUGGAGUUCUUGAUAGGAAAAAAUGCUAAUGUCAAGGCGAAAACAAAUGACAAUCAGCAGCCCCUACAUUUUGCUGCAUUAUUUGGUGGGAAGGAAGGUAUAGGAUAUUUAAUAGGAAAGGGAGCUGAAGUCAAUGCACAGACAAGCUCUCUAGGAUUAUCACCUCUACACAUUGCAGUAGCGAAUGACCACGUAGAGGCUACUCAAGCACUGAUAGAAAAGGGAGCUGUUACCAACAUCAAAGACAACAGCGGCUUGACACCACUUCACAUGGCAGUUGCUGGUAAUGGAGACACCAUUGAUAUCUUGCUUCAAGAUGAUAAUCUUGACUUGAAUGCGGCAGCGGAACAUGGCCUCACACCACUUCAUUACGCUGCGAGGAGCUACAGUGAGAGCGCUGUUCAAAAACUUUUAGAAGCCGACGGAAUCGACGUCAAUGCCAAAAGUGAAGCCCUUCUGACGCCCAUCCACUUCGCAGCCAUGGGUGGAAAUGCAGACAUUAUUACUGACUUGAAAAAGAAAGGGGCCUCUCUCUCUGCUGCUGAUAAAUAUGGUUCAACUGCUCUUCACUAUGCAGCCUUCUAUGGAAACAAGGAAGCUUUUUUGUUAAUGAUCGUGCUGGAGCCCUCAUUGAAAGAUGCAAUGAACACUGCUGGUGAAACUGCACGGCGCAUAGCAGAGCAAAAUAAGGGUCAACAAGUGAUGGACAUCCUCAACAGUAACAAGACAACACUGACUGACAUGUUUAAAGAAGUAUUUCUUGGAAAACGGCCGGCGGCUGCUCCUGCUGACGACGACCUAAGUCAGGAGAAGUGUCCCGAUAAUGGCAAAGUCAGCGAAAUACUAACGAGUGCAGAAGAAAUAUGUCCGCGGGUUGCUCAUAUUGAUACCUAUGUCAACUUGAUUACAUCUAUGAUUCCUCUUAAAGUCUAUUACGAAAGGUAUGAAGAAUAUCAUGACAUUUUUGACAGUUAUGAUAAAGACCUCCAAGCUGCUCAACAGCACGCCUUCAUGUGGAGAAAUGGCGAUAGCAUUGUGAGCAAUAUUAUCAAAACUUUCAAAUUAGCCAAACAUUUUGAGCCCGAAUUCAACAGAAAAUAUAAAAUCAAUAAAAGAAUAAUUAAAGAAAUAAAGCUUUCGAGAAACGAACAAGUGCGCAUUAAAGAGAUCACACAGGAGAUUACCUCGGCAAACGAACAAUUGGCAUUAGCCACGAAGGGAUACAAUGCAGCACUGGAAAAAGCACCGGACAUGGCACCAUUUUUCCAAGCUAGUAUUAAUAGCAAUACAGAACGCAUAAGGAAACUGACGGAGGAAAUGAACAAAAACUACACAUUAGCUCAAAAGCUGAAGGAGACCGCCUCUUUCCUAAAGUUCGUUAAAAGAGACAGUGAGAAAAUCCAAUCAAUUGCGGAGAAAACAAAAAAUAAAUCGGAGAGCUUUCGGGACUAUCUUUUGAAGGAUAAGACUGCUUUCGAAAGACAGGGAGGAAUUGCAAGAAACACACUCGCGGACAUUGAGAAAAGAACCAAGCAGAAAAACGAGUACCUGGACACACUCAAGGCGGAGAGGCUCCGCCUCGAGAGCCUCACUGAGCAGGAGCGAGUGGAGAUAAACGACAGAUACUCAACAAUUCUAAAGGCUCAAGCCGAACUCACUGAAGCAAAGAAACAACUGAGGGCGAAGAUCCACAAUGCAAGAGUUAAAAAAAUUUGGGGAGCUGUGCUGACACCUUUGCUAAUUGGAAUACCAUUACUGAUAGCAGGCACUACGGAAGAGAAAUCAUUAGUAGAAACAUUAGAAGACACUAUCCAACAAAGCGCGCAACAAAUCGAAUUUCUCCAACGAGAAAUUGCCGCCAGGGACACAGAGAUCAAGAGGCUUGGCGCAAUGAUCCUUGAUGCCGCUGACAAAACUGACAAUGUAAUUAAUGAUUUUCAUUCAUUUAUCAUACUCGAUGCUGACCUUAACACAAUUAUCUUUAAUACUGACAUGAUUCUGAAAGCUAUAGGAAAGGCCAUAGACGGAGCUUCAGUCAUACAAGACUUGUACCGCCAUGUUACGACAAAGCUGGAGGAAAUGAUUGACUUGGCAACCACCGCUAAGACAGAUGCAGAAAUGAUAGAAGUAGAUAGUUUCAUUUACAAUGGACUGUCGCAAUUAUCAUGCAACUGGCGGAGCGUUUACUCAGCUGUUGGUUCUCUGCAUGAAUGUAUUAGCGAAUAUCGAUUCAUGGUACUUGGACGCAGUCACACGUCAGUUCCAGAUUCCUAGCCCUUGGACCAAGGUCAUAGUAAAAGGCUUUUCAUUUUGACCUGAGAAUACAAUUCGUACACCGACAAACUCAUUACCUAUUAAUAUUAUUAUUUUUUUUUUUUGGUCUAUCACAGUCCUCCAAUUCGACUGGGUGGUAUUUACAGUGUGGGGUUUCGGGUUGCAUCUUGCCUCCUUAGGAGUCCAUCACUUUUCUUAUUAUUAUUAUUAUUAUUAUUAUUAUUAUUAUUAUUAUUAUUCCAAACGUGAAAACAUUAAAUAGAACAGAAGUAAGAGAGUAACAAGUAAAUAAGACCAACCAGAUGAAAUAUAAAUACUUAAUCGGAAAUGUUAGGUGAAAAAAAAGCUAUUUACUAUUAUUCUAUAUUUUCUUUCAAUUUCAUUUUCCUACCAUCAAAUGUUUGAUCUAUGUUGUUUGCCUCUUUAUUUACUAUUUUUGCUUUAUUUCGCUCCAAAACUCAGGUCAGCAGAACUUUGGUCACCAUCAGCAAUGUUUGCUUUUUUGCUCUAUAGGAAUUUGUUUUAAUUCUUUCCUCAACUUUCGGUUAUUUAAAACACCUGUUUGUUGUUUCUGUUUUCCAUCUUGACUGUGUUUAAACAUUAUACGCAAUAAAUGUCACAUUAUUA